AUGAAGACCGCCUUUCCGGAAGGUUAUUUGGUCACUUGGCAAGGCUAUGGCCAUUGCUUGAAGGUCACCAAGCAUGCGACACCUUUGUUGAAGGCUUAUAAGGAAGCCAAGAAGAACCAGACCCUGCCGCAAUACACCAAUGCGGUGGCAAAAUAUGCUUGCAUGUCCAAAAUUCUUUCUUAUCUCGAGACGGGCGAGGGUGUUGAGGAUGGUCACACGAAGGCACCCGUGAACUUCGGUGGCGUGUUGAUCUUCGUGGACGGCGAGCGGUUUCCGGAGGAUAGCCUGCAGGAGAACCUGCUGAGAAACUAUCCUGCUUCAAUCGUCGUGGGCCCGAUGCCUGCCGGUGGCUUGUCGGACUUCUUCCCCGUGCCCGCCGCGUCAAGCAGCUUCGCCGCCCGGGUCCGAGACACUCCGAUCCACCUGGCGCAAGCACGUGCGCCGGGCGCAGAGGCGCGGCCAGGCUUUGCGGCUUACCUGGUGACCAGAUGUUAUCCGCAUCGCGAUCGUUUCUUCUUUUUGCUGGAUGAAGCCGCGCAUGCCGCGGGCCUUGGCCGAGUGGAGGCCUUGUCGCGCUGUGGCAACGCACCUGAGAAUCGGAGGUCGGAUCGCUAUUCUGCCAGCUACUAUGACGAUGCGGUGGAUCUCUACCGCCCCUUCCGCUUCGCCAUGGUCUUCGAGAAUCGCUUGUCGCCCAGGUAUGUCACUGAGAAGAUUGUGAACGCCUUCCUCAGUGGAGCUGUUCCGAUCUACUGGGGCACGCCCUACGUCAUGAAGAUGUUCAACCCCAAAGCCUUCAUCUACGUGAAUCGCUUCAAGAGCUUUGAGGCAGCCGUGGAGUACAUCUUACGGGUUGCUGUGGACCCCCAGCUGUUUGCGGACUACGCCCAAGCGCCCAUCUUGAGGAACACCACGGCAGCCGUAUGGCCCUAUUCUUGGCACCGGGAG